CUAGUGACGUCUAGUAAAGCGCGUCUGUGUUGGCGGUUUCGGUCAUGGCGGGUCUCGGGGAUUGUGAGUUUUUGGUGCGGAGGGCUCGCGAGCUGGUGUUGGAGGAUACCUGUGCGGCUAGAGCGUGGCUCAUUACCGCACGCACACUGUAUCCGCAAGACUUCAAUAUUCAGUAUGAGAUGUACAGUAUUGAAAGAAACUCAGAACGCACAGCGUCAGCUGGGAGGCUGCUAUAUGAUAUGUUUGUGAAUUUUCCAGACCAGCCAGUAGUCUGGAGGGAAAUUGGCAUAAUUACAGCUGCUCUCCGGAAUGACUCCCAGGAUAAGCAGACACAGUUUUUAAGAAGCCUGUUUGAAGCUCUUCCUGGCAGAGUGCAGUGUGAAAUGUUACUGAAAGCUACGGAACAAUGUUUUAAUACACUGGAACGAGCUGAAAUGCUGCUUUUAUUGCUUAAUCGUUUCCCAGAGACUGUGAUGCAACAUGGGGUUAGUUUGGGUGAAACAUUGUUAGAAGCUGAGAGUAUUGAAGACCAAGAGUCUCCUGUAAACUGUUUUAGAAAGUUGUUUGUUUGUGAUGUUCUGCCUCUCAUUAUUAACAACCUUGAUGUGCGCCUGCCAGUCGGUUUACUCUAUAAAUACCUCAACAAAGCUGCAGAGUUUUAUAUAAACUAUGUAACUCGUUCUCCACAGACAGAGGGUCAGCAUCAAGGCACGCAAGAAACAGCUGAUCUUUUAUCACCUUCAAAACGUAGCUCCCAAAAAUACGUCAUUGAAGGUCUUUCUGAGAAAUCUUCACAGAUUUUAGACUCCUGGGAAAGAUUAUUUAAAAUUCUGUCAGUAGUUGGAAUGAGAUGUGAAUGGCAAAUGGAUAAGGGAACAAGGAACUUUAGUGACCUAUUUCAUCGUGUGAAAGAAAUAUGCAGAUAUAUCAGCAAUUUUGAGAAUGAGGCCCAUGCAAAGUAUAAAAAUCAGGUUGUCUAUUCUGCUACCCUUAUCUUCUUUAAGAAUGUUUACCAGUACAUCAACGGCAUCCAGCCGUCACUCUUUCAAGGACCAAACACUUCAAGCCAAGUGCCGGUUGUUCUCUUGGAAGACAUAUGCAAUAUCUGCAGUGAGGUUGAACUCAAUCCAGGCAAACAUAUUCACAAAAAGAGAAAACUUGCUGAGGGCAGGGAAAAAGCUAUGAGCUCAGACGACGAAGAACUUUCUGGCAAAGGUCGAAAUCGGCAUGUUGUGGUUAAUAAGAGUGGUCUUUCUAACCCAAAUGAAGUGCUGGAGUGCUUCAAGAUCGCAAGAGAGUGUUGGGACCUCCUGCAUUCCUGCGAGGUUCUUGACAAAGAGUUCUCCAGGAUUUGCUUACCAUGGAAGACAGACACUUGGCUAUGGUUAAGGAUCUUCCUCACAGAUAUGGUCAUAUAUCAGGGGCAACAUAAGAAGGCAAUCACAAGUUUGCACCACAUGGCUGCAUUGCAAAGUCCUCUCCCUCCCACACAACAGAUUUUGAGUCAGGGAGCGCUGGAGCACCAAAGAGCUCUGAUCCAGCAGGCGUCUUGUCACUUUGCCCUUGGAGAGUACAGGUUGACAUGUGAAAAAGUCCUGGAGUUAAUGAAUUAUAUAGUGCCUCCUGCAAAAGAUUUCUCAAAGACACGUGAUGAAAUGCCCAAAGUGAAACCCAAGUUCAGAAAAGGUUCUGAUCUGAAGUUUUUACCAUGUACAAGCAAAUUCAUAAUGCCUUAUUGCCUCCAGCUGAUGCUAGCAUGUUUAAAGCUUAGAGCUUUUGCUGAUAAUCGUGAUGAUAUUGCGUUGGGUCACGUAAUUGUGUUACUUCAGUAUGAUUGGCCGAAAUGCGAGAACCUUUUCCUGAAAGCUAUAAACAAGAUUUGCCAACAGGGAAACUUCCAGUAUGAAAACUUUUUCAACUACAUUACAAACAUAGACAUGCUGGAGGAAUUUGCUUACCUACGGACCCAGGAAGGUGGUAAGAUUCACCUUGAAUUAAUUCCCAACCAAGGAGUACUGCUCAAGACAUCUAGCCUGGGGUUGUUGCAGCAGGAAUUCAUACCUGUCCUACAGCCCAGCAUAGCAGUCACCGACAGACAUCACACCGUAACCAGGGGCAUCACAAAGGGUGUGAAGGAAGACUUCAGGUUAGCCAUGGAGCGACAAGUCUCUCGCUGCACUGAAAAUUUGAUGGCUGUGCUCCAUCGCUUUUGCAUAAAUGAAAAGAUUUUGCUGCUACAGUGCCUCACUUAACUGUGGUGCGACGUGAAAUCAGAUGCCAAACACUUUUCAAUUAAUAAAAGAAAAAAUCUACUGUAUAGUCCCAACUGGAUAUGCCAUGCUGUUGUGUCCUGCAGUCGUGAAUACUUUACUGUUUUUGUUACUGUAUAAAUUAAAAUUGGUGUAAAUGGCUACUCAA